AUGACAUGGGACAAACUGGCGGUGUUCACGCUGCCUGCGGGGCUCGAAGGUCCCCUCAGCGUGAGCCUCCGUCCAUCUUCUCAGGUCCACAAUCUGCAGGAGCUCCGGCGAAGCGCCUCUCUGGCCACCAAAGUCUUCAUCCAGAGGGACUACAGUGACGGGACCAUCUGUCAGUUCCAGACCAAAUUCCCCCCAGAGCUGGACAGCCGGAUCGAACGGCAGCUCUUUGAGGAGACCGUGAAGACCCUCAAUGGCUUCUACGCAGAGGCCGAGAAGAUCGGGGGCAGCUCCUACCUGGAGGGCUGCCUGGCCUGCGCCACCGCCUGCUUUAUCUUCCUGUGCAUGGAGACGCACUACGAGAAGGUUCUCAAGAAGAUUUCCCGCUACAUCCAGGAGCAGAACGAGAAGAUCUUUGCACCUCGGGGCCUCCUGCUCACGGACCCCGUGGAGCGUGGGAUGAGGGUUAUCGAGAUCUCCAUCUACGAGGACCGGUGCGGCAGCAGCAGCUCCAGCAGCGGCAGCAGCAGCGGGAGGGGCAGCAGCGGCGGGGGCCGCCUGCAGUCUCUGCUUCGUCCGACGCCACCGCGAGGCCCCUUCCCGUCUAUGAUCCUGCCUCCGCCAAGUCGAGAGCCUGAGGCCAGCUCAGCCUCGCGGAGAAACGGCCACCGCUGA